AUGUGUGAUUUUUUUGAAGACAUCCCGGCCAAAGUGGACUGCCAGUUUGGCAAUUAUGCCCUCCUCAGUAAAAUCGGGAGGGGCUCCUUUGGCCAGGUGAGACUGGCCCAGCACCUCAUAACCAGCAUGAAGGUGGCGGUGAAAAUAGUCAACUGUGAAGAUCCCGCAGACGUGGCCGAAGAAAUUCAUUGUCUGAAAGAACUAAACCACCCGAACAUCAUAAAACUAUUUGAGGUGGUCAACACCAACCACCAGGUAUACAUGUUUAUGGAAUAUGCCCGGGGAGGUACCUUAUACAAUUAUCUAAAGAAGUGGGGUCCUAUCUUGGAGACGGAAGCACAAGCCCCAUUCCGGCAGCUGCUGUCGGCUGUCCACUACUGUCACCAAAAACAUAUCGUCCACCAUGACAUAAAACCCGAAAACAUCCUGCUGGACAUGGGGUUGAAUAUCAAACUGGCUGACUUCGGACUGAGUGCUGUGUUCUGCAAGGAGGAGAAACUCAGCAUCUUCUGUGGCACUCCCAACUACAAGGCCCCAGAACUGUUCGGGCUUGAACCAUACGAGGGCCCGAAGGUGGACGUCUGGAGCAUGGGGGUUGUGCUAUACAAGAUGCUGACCGGAACAAUGAUCGACAUCGACCCCGGCCGAAGACCCAACGUGGGAUUUCUUCUGCAAGAUGCCUGGGUGAAUAUCGGGGAGGCUGACCAAAUGACCCCAUACAUUGAACCAGUCUGCACUGACAUCGACCCCCAGGUCACUGAAAUCAUGCGGACACUUGGGUAUGAGCAGGAAGAGAUAGAGUCAUCCCUCACGGAGAAGAAGUUUAAUAGUGUGAUGGGCACGUACAGGAUAUUAAACAUGCAACUUAACACCGGCAUCCAAACAGUAAAAUGUUGUGAAUGUGGGAAAGCUUUUACCCGCAAUAGUUCCCUUCUUAUACACAAGAGAGUUCAUACAGGAGAAAAACCUUAUGAAUGUAGUGAAUGUGGGAAGACUUUUAGGCAAAAUAGUCACCUCCUUAUCCACAGGAGAGUUCACACUGGAGAAAAACCUUAUGUGUGUCGUGAAUGUGGGAAGUCUUUUAGGGAUAAUAGUCAGCUCCUUAUCCACAAGAGAGUUCACACUGGAGAAAAACCUUAUGAAUGUAGUGAAUGUGGAAAGACUUUCAGGCAAAAUAGUCACCUCCUUAUCCACAGGAGAGUUCACACUGGAGAAAAACCUUAUGAAUGUGGUGAAUGUGGAAAGUCUUUUAGGCAAAAUAGUCACCUCCUUAUCCACAAGAGAGUUCAUGCUGGAGAAAUACCUUAUGAAUGUGGUGAAUGUGGGAAGUCUUUUAGGGAUAAUACGCAGCUCCUUAUCCACAAGAGAGUUCACACUGGAGAAAAACCUUAUGUGUGUCGUGAAUGUGGGAAGUCUUUUAGGCAAAAUACUCAGCUCCUUAUCCACAAGAGAGUUCACACUGGAGAAAAACCUUAUGAAUGUAGUGAAUGUGGGAAGACUUUCAGGCAAAAUAGUCACCUCCUUAUCCACAGGAGAGUUCACACUGGAGAAAAACCUUAUGAAUGUGGUGAAUGUUGGAAGUCUUUUCGGGAUAAUAGUCAUCUCCUUAUCCACAAGAGAGUUCACACUGGAGAAAAGCCUCAUGUGUGUCGUGAAUGUGGGAAAGCUUUUAACUGCAAUUAUUCUCUUCUUAUCCACAAGAGACUUCACACUGGAGAAAAACCUUAUGAAUGUGGUGAAUGUGGAAAGUCUUUUAGGGUUAGUAGGCUGCUCCUUAUCCACAAGAGAGUUCACACUGGAGAAAAACCUUAUGAAUGUAGUGAAUGCGGAAAGUCUUUUAGGCAAAAUAGUCACCUUAUCCACAAGAGAGUUCACACUGGAGAAAAACCUUAUGAAUGUGGUGAAUGUGGGAAGUCUUUUAGGGAUAAUACGCAACUCCUUAUCCACAAAAGAGUUCACACUGGAGAAAAACCUUAUGUGUGUCGUGAAUGUGGGAAGUCCUUUGGCCAAAAUAGUCAGCUCCUUAUCCACAAGCAUGUUCACACUGGGGAAAAGCCUUAUGAGUGUACAGAUUGUGGGAAAUCUUUUAGCCGAAAAUAUGGGCUCAUGAGACACCUGACCGUUCACACAAGGGAAAAGCCUUAA